CACCCAGCAGCAGCAAUACCAACCCCCUCAUCCCUUAAUUAGCUUGCCACAAUAACCACUUCUAGUUAGUGCUCACACCCUUUGUCUCUCUCUCUCUCCCUCAUUGAUCUCAUACAUUCAAUUAUUCACCAUGGCCAUUGCCCCAUCAUUACUUUCCUUGUCUCUUCUAGCUUUUGUUCUCAAUUUAUGGGUGCAGCUGCAGGGCAUUUAUGCCGAUUCUGGAUGGGAAAGUGGCCAUGCCACUUUCUACGGUGGAGGUGAGGCUUCUGGCACAAUGGGAGGGGCUUGUGGAUAUGGCAACCUGUAUAGCCGUGGGUAUGGGACUAACACUGCAGCUCUCAGCACUGCUCUGUUCAAGAACGGCUUGAGCUGCGGAUCUUGCUAUGAAAUGAAAUGCACCAACGAUGCCCAAUGGUGCCGCCCUGGUUCCAUAAUCGUCACUGCUACCAACUUCUGCCCACCUAACCCUUCACUCGCAAACGACAACGGUGGUUGGUGCAAUCCUCCUCUCCAACACUUUGACAUGGCCGAGCCUGCCUUCUUGAAAAUUGCUGAAUACAAAGCCGGAAUUGUCCCCAUUUCCUUUAGGAGGGUACCAUGUGUGAAGAAAGGAGGAAUCAGGUUCACAAUGAACGGACACUCCUACUUCAACCUAGUUCUCAUCACCAACGUCGGCGGUGCAGGAGAUGUCCAUGCUGUUUCAAUCAUGGGAAGUAACACAGGAUGGCAACCCAUGUCAAGGAACUGGGGCCAGAACUGGCAGAGCAAUUCCUACCUCAAUGGCCAGAGCCUGUCUUUUCAGGUGACUACCAGCGACGGCCAGACAGUGACCAGCAACAACGUGGUACCGGCCAACUGGCUGUUCGGGCAAACAUUUGAGGGUAGUCAAUUCUAGACUUUGUGUAUAGGAAUUGGCAUUGAUGAUUGGAUUUGGGAUUGUAGAAGAAGAACAAGUAGGGGAUGCCAAAUGAUUGAAUAAAGCAGAGCCUCAUCAUGUCAUGUGGCAGUCUAUCGUUGAGGUGGUUUAUUGGCACCAGCUAGGCCUGGUUGAUUUUUCCACCUUUUUUACAUAUAUGUAUACUACUUAUGUACCUAGUGAAAUGGAUUUUAUUGUGCGCUGCACCAUGAAGUUCAGUUGUUACCAAUAGACGGGAAUAUUUAUA